AAAAGUGUUUUUAAGCCGAACAUUGGAUAGGAAAAUAUCAGUUCCUCGUUUUAGUUCGACUGAAUCGACGUAGAAGUCUUCGAACCUCAGGGUCCAAUUAAUCAGGCAUGGAUAGGUAGCGAAUACCUAACGACCAGGUGUCUUUCAAAUCAGAAACACUGUCUCUUUCUUUCAAGCUCGGAUACAACACGGGAAUAAGGAAAAAGGAAAAGGAAAGUGAGAGAAGAACCCAGAAAGAGACUGCUCGCUGGUCAACUGGGCAAUGGGGUUUCGUUCUUUUUCCAAAAUUUCUAAAACUGUUGAGAAAGUUUCUGCAUUUUUGAGUAAUGUAAAUAGACAGCAAAAGGGUAUUUGGAAUUCUGCAAAAAUUGGAGUCCUUGACGGGGGAUGCUUGGAAGCAAGAUUUUUGGGGCAGAAGGAGGGUUUUAGGGCAACUGGGUUCACUGAUUCAACUGUGCAAGGAAAUGUUUUAGGGAGAUUUAAGGGAAAUUCUGUGCAGUUAAAACGAUUCUUUGGAAGCAGUGCAGGUAAUGUUGCUCAGUUGGAUAGAGAUUUUCUUGCGCAGUUAUGGAUUGCCGAUAGGAAAUUGGAAAAGUCUAGAGAUAAAAGAAGAAGAAAAGUUGUUCAGAGUAAGAAUUAUGGUGAACAGGUUUAUGAUGCUGGGCCGCAAGGAAGAUGGUUUUCAGGUUCUGCCGUCCCAGAAGAAAAUUCUUAUGAGCAGGGUAAACCAGUUCUGCGUCAACCUCCAGUUAGUCAGUCAAUUACUGGCCUUUUCAAACCUGCAUGCCCGGAGGAGGUCCAGGUUGCUCCUCUUCUUGCACGGUCCAAUUUGCUGAUUACUAGGGACAUUGAGUGGGCCAAUCUUGUACUUGGUUUUGAGCAGGAGAACCGUUAUGCAGUAGUAGAUGUAUGCUAUCCUCAAUCACCAGUUGGUUUUAUUCGUGAGCAGAGUAAUGUCAUUGCUAGACAGUUGCUUCGGCUGAGACGUCCUUUUGUUGCUUACAUAACUGAUGGAAUGGGUAAUGAACUUUUCAGGGUCCGUAGGCCUUUCUGGUGGAUAACCAGUUCAAUUUAUGCUGAAGUUAAUGGUAAGGAAAUUGGUGUGGUUCACAGACGAUGGCACCUUUGGAGGAGGGUGUAUGAUUUGUACCUAGGGAACAAGCAGUUUGCAGUGGUUGAAAAUCCAGGCUUCUGGAAUUGGACAUUUACUUUGAAGGAUAUAAAUGGGGAAGUACUGGCUGAGAUAGAUCGCGAUUGGAGAGGUUUUGGUUUUGAGAUCUUUACGGAUGCUGGUCAAUAUGUGAUCCGAUUUGGGACUGCUGAUUCCAGGUCCAAGACUGGCCCUGCUAAGGCGAUUCAAGAGUUGAACGUUACUCGACCUUUAACCCUGUUGGAGAGAGCUGUAACUGUUGCUUUAGCUAUCUCUCUGGAUAAUGAUUAUUUUUCGAGGCAUGGUGGCUGGGGACUUCCAUUUAUCGCUGUAGGUGAGUAACUCUCUCCCAGUUGUGUUCUUGGAGAACUAUCUUUCAACUUGGAGAUUCAAUUCCAUCUUUGCGGAAGGUAUUUUAAGAGAAGAUCUCCAUCUAUUUCUUUGGUUUCUUAUAUUGUUACCGAUACAGUUGUUGAUAGAGAAGAUCUUCAUUCGCCCUUACAUUUGUAUUAUUUCUAGGUUCAGUUCAUAAGCAAAGUUUUAUUUUAUGAUAUGUUUAUAUUGGAAAUUGGUUGUGCAAGAUUUGAUACCCAAAUCUUAUCAAGAUCAUGAGUUUCGAACAAUUACAAACUGUUCAUAAUGUAUAAGUAACCCUAGUUAUGUUUCUAGGAAUGAUACUGGAGCAAACCAUAGAUUUGGGUACUGUGUAUCGUUUGUGAAAGAGUUGAGUAUUAAAUUUUAUGAAUACAUGGGAAUAGAUUUUUGAAGUA